GAAUAAACUGACCCAUUGUUCCCACCCCCCUACUGCAUGGAGAGAAGAAAAAAAAACCCCGACCAUGUCAAGCAAUAUAAACAGAGCGGCUCUUCUCAGCCUACUGAAAUAAGGUUGCGAGAAAAAAAAAAUCCCGACAUCACUCUGCUCUUCUGCCGGCCAGACCAUAUCACAACUUGCGUCUCAGCUCGGCAAGGACAGUCGCACCAAGAUGAUCGUAGACCACUCUCUAGAUCAUGAAGACAUGAGCGGCGUCGUUGUCGGCGUCGUGAGUGUGUGUCUUGUACUGAUCACGUUGGCUGUUGCUGCCAGGGUAUAUACUCGUCUUGUUAUCCUCAGGACGUUUGGCCCGGACGACUAUGCGGCUGUACUGUCGCUAUUCUUCACAUUUGCCUGUGGACUGGUCAUUGGCAUGAUGGUUCGUCAUGGCUCCGGGAAACACGUCUGGACUUUGCAGCCCAGUGAUAUCGAAGCAUACUUGAUUGAAUUUUACCUCAGCAUCGUGUUCUAUAACGCAUCCAUCAUGGCGACCAAAGCUGCGUUUUUGCUCCAAUACUAUCGAGUCCUGGCGGUCAACAGGGGGAUGAAGCGCAUAUACUUGGGGUUCUUGAUCUUGAUCGCAGCGUGGUGCUUUGGCUUUGUCCUGGUCGCCAUCUUUCAGUGCUCUCCGAUUUCCGACUUUUGGUCGAGUGCACCAACAAGGAAUUGCUUACCAAACAUGCCCUACUGGAAGGUUCAAGGCGUUGGCCACAUUAUCACAGACAUCCUCGUCUUCACCCUCCCUCUACCGGCCCUCUACCAACUGCACAUCAACGGGACGCAGAAGCUGGUACUGAUGGGCAUUUUCUCGCUCGGCUUCUUCGCGUGCGCCAUCUCGGUCAUCAGGCUUAGGUAUCUGGUCGUCGCCGAGGAUGUCACAUGGGACAAUACUGUCCCAUCGAUAUGGUCCACCACCGAGGUCACCAUAGGCCUGCUGUGCGCCUGCCUCCCGACUCUGCGGCCGCUGGUGGGUCGCCUGUUUCCCAAGCUCGUAUCUACAUUCAACAAGAGUCUUGCCGGACCUGGAGGCGAGAGUGGCGCCGGGAUUGGAUACCACAAGGGCGCAAGCAAGGCGGGCGGCGGCCACAGCAAAAACCGCAGCCUGGUCACGACUUCUUCGACCUUCUCCAAGGCUCGCUCCGCAUACCGCGAGAAUAGCGGCAGCGUGGAGAGGCUGCGUGUGGACGUCAACGGGACUGAUUCUUCGUCCGCGGUGAAGGAGGAAAGCUUCUUGGACGACAUCAGCGAGGCGGGAUCGCCUCGUGGGUUCAACAUGCAGACUUUUGGGACCAAGACAAAGGUUACCACCGGCAGGGACCAGGCGCGUCCAGUGGAUUCAUGGGAGUCGCCUUCACUACCGGCUGGUCAGAUCCGGGUUUCUAGGGAUGUCUACCAGACACAAUCAUGAUGAUGAUGAUUAUAUGGCUGUUUUCGAUAUUUACCAUAGCUUUCACUUCUUGUACCCUUUUCGGCAUUUUUCUAUGAACAUUCUUCUUUACAACUGACAUUGGGUGACACUCCAAGCACCAGUUGAUUUACGAAGUACGUCACUCUUCAACUGAUUUGGAGCUGUGUCUCGCCAUGUUAGUCAUGGCAAAAACGAUGGCACAUUCAUCUCAAAUUAUAAAGCUGUCUGACAUUGGCGAACUUCACCAAGCCCACUAGGUGCCUCGCAGCGUAUCAUUUUUUUUUUUUGCCGUUGUGAGGGACUGUGCUUUUGUGAUG